AUGGAGGAACACACAGAGGCAGGCUCAGCAGUAGGGCUGGGGGACCAGAAGGUCCUAAUUGACAACCCUGCUGAUAUUCUAGUCCUUGCUGCUUAUUUCCUGCUGGUCGUUGGUGUUGGCUUAUGGUCCAUGUGCAGAACCAACAGAGGCACUGUCGGAGGCUACUUCCUGGCGGGACGAAGCAUGGUGUGGUGGCCGGUUGGGGCCUCUCUCUUUGCCAGCAACAUCGGCAGUGGCCACUUUGUGGGCCUGGCGGGGACUGGUGCUGCAAGCGGCUUGGCUGUGGCUGGAUUUGAGUGGAAUGCGCUGUUCGUGGUGCUGCUACUCGGUUGGCUCUUCGUGCCGGUGUACCUGACCGCAGGCGUCAUUACGAUGCCGCAGUACCUGCGCAAGCGCUUCGGGGGCCGUCGUAUCCGCCUCUACCUGUCCUUGCUCUCGCUUUUUCUGUACAUCUUCACCAAGAUUUCGGUGGACAUGUUCUCCGGGGCAGUAUUCAUUCAGCAGGCUCUGGGCUGGAACAUCUAUGCCUCUGUCAUCGCGCUCCUGGGCAUCACCAUGAUCUACACUGUGACAGGAGGGCUGGCAGCGCUGAUGUACACGGAUACCGUGCAGACCUUCGUCAUUCUCGUGGGGGCCUUCAUCCUCAUGGGUUACGCUUUCCACGAGGUAGGAGGGUAUUCAGGGCUUUUUGACAAAUACUUGGGGGCAGUGACGUCGCUGACGGUGUCCGAGGAUCCGGCUGUGGGCAACAUCUCCAGCUCCUGCUUUCGACCCCGGCCCGACUCCUACCAUCUGCUCCGGGACCCUGUGACGGGGGACCUGCCGUGGCCCGCGCUGCUCCUGGGGCUUACCAUCGUCUCAGGCUGGUACUGGUGCAGCGACCAGGUCAUAGUGCAGCGCUGCCUGGCCGGGAAAAACCUGACCCACAUCAAGGCGGGCUGCAUCCUGUGUGGCUACUUGAAGCUGAUGCCCAUGUUCCUCAUGGUCAUGCCCGGCAUGAUCAGCCGUAUUCUUUACCCGGACGAGGUGGCGUGUGUGGUGCCUGAGGUGUGUAAGCGCGUGUGCGGCACUGAGGUGGGCUGCUCCAACAUUGCCUACCCGCGGCUCGUCGUGAAGCUCAUGCCCAAUGGUCUGCGCGGACUCAUGCUGGCGGUCAUGCUGGCAGCGCUCAUGUCCUCGCUGGCUUCAAUCUUCAACAGCAGCAGCACGCUUUUCACCAUGGACAUCUACACCCGCCUGCGACCCCGCGCAGGCGACCGCGAGCUGCUGCUAGUAGGACGGCUCUGGGUGGUGUUCAUCGUCGCCGUGUCGGUGGCCUGGCUACCGGUGGUGCAGGCAGCGCAGGGCGGGCAGCUAUUUGAUUAUAUUCAGGCAGUCUCCAGCUACCUGGCGCCACCUGUGUCCGCUGUCUUCGUGCUAGCGCUCUUUGUGCCCCGUGUCAAUGAGAAGGGUGCCUUCUGGGGACUGAUUGGGGGCCUGCUGAUGGGUCUGGCGCGCCUUAUUCCGGAGUUCUCCUUUGGCUCUGGCAGCUGCGUGCGGCCCUCAGGGUGCCCAGCGCUCCUCUGCAGCAUGCACUACCUCUACUUUGCCAUUGUGCUCUUCGUCUGUUCUGGCCUCCUCACCCUUGUAGUCUCACUGUGCACAGCACCCAUCCCGCACAAGCACCUUCACCGCCUGGUUUUCAGUCUCCGGCACAGUAAGGAGAAGCGGGAGGACCUGGAUGCUGAUGAGCUGGAAGGUCCAAUCUCACCCCCUGUACAGAACGGGUGCCCCGAGCAUGUAGUAGAAAUGGAGGAGUCCCGGUCCUCGGCACCAGGCCUGCUCCGCCAGUGCCUGCUCUGGUUCUGUGGAGUGAGCAGGGCUGGGGCAGGUAGUCUGUCAGCUCCCACCCAGGAGGAGGUGGCUGCAGCAGCCAGGCGGCUAGAAGACAUCAGUGAGGACCCGAGCUGGGCCCGUGUGGUCAACCUCAAUGCCCUGCUCAUGAUGGCAGUGGCCACAUUCCUCUGGGGCUUUUAUGCCUGAGGCCAACUGUGUUGGACACCAUGAGCCACACAGCCAGGGCAGGGCUCAGCCUUACAAUGAGUGGGGGUGGGGAGCCUGCAGUGGUGAGAUGGGAGUGGGGCAGGAGGGGGAGUAGGAAGGCCCUGGUUUCCCUUCUCUUCACCUGUCUCUGCCUGAGGUCCACUCCAUCGGACUGGCAGUCACUUCCUGUGAGGUCUUGGCCAACCUGCCAAGCAGUUCCCCUAAGUAAAAAUAAAGCUGCUUUUCCCACAUUC